UGUCCAGUAUGGUAGCUAUCUGAUGAAUUCCUAGAAAACCGGGCUGCUAUGAAAGUUAGUGAUCAUGAAGUCUGGAGAAGAGAGAAAACAAGAAUAGGACAAGUUAUGGUGAUCAUGGAGCUAGACUACUAUAGAACUUAGAUAAGCACAGAUGCAAUCAAAUGUUUAUAGCAAGGUAAUUGGAUGGAAGAUAACAAAGCCUUAACUUGUUACGAGAAGGAUUCUGGUGGGAGGGAGAUGGAAGAAAGCAGCAGCUCUAACACCAGAAGGUUUAGAAGAAUCUGUGUAUUUUGUGGGAGUAGCUUUGGCAACAAGGAAAUUUUCAGCCAAGCUACCCUUGAACUAGGCAAAGAAUUGGUGGAGAGAAAAAUCAAUCUGGUUUAUGGUGGUGGAAGUGCAGGAUUAAUGGGCUUGAUUUCUACAACUGUUCAUGAUGGUGGUUGUCAUGUGCUCGGAGUUAUCCCGACAGCCCUCAUGCCCCUGGAGAUUUCUGGCCAAACUGUGGGCGAGUUAAAGGUUGUUACUGAUAUGCAUGAGAGGAAGGCAGAAAUGGCCCGCCAGGCUGAAGCAUUCAUUGCUCUCCCUGGUGGCUAUGGAACACUAGAGGAAGUACUGGAGAUAAUUGCAUGGUCUCAGCUUGGGAUUCACGAUAAACCGGUAGGUUUACUUAAUGUCGAUGGAUAUUACAAUUCCUUGAUUGCCUUUUUUGAUAAAGGUGUUGAAGAGGGAUUUAUAGAUCCUGCUGCACGCCACAUAUUUGUAUCUGCUUCAACUGGAAAGGAACUUCUGCAGAGAUUGGAGGGAUAUGUACCCAUUCAUGCCAGCGUUGCACCCAGACAAAGCUGGGAGAUGGAAAAUCAAAACUUAGGAUAUUCCAACGCUCCCAACACUUCUUGACAGUGGUUUAAACCCAAAUAUUAGGCACUGAUCAGAAUUCAUUUGCUCGAAAAUAUUCUAAACUAAAAUUCCAGGCAUAUUUCCAAAGUUAUGUUUUUCAUCCCAGCUACCUAGUCAUACAAACCCAUUUGUUGUAUAGAUCUCUAACUGUUAUCUAACCUCACUUCACACAUUUCUGCAAGUAAUAGAUUGGUUUGUAUUGUUGAGCUGCACAAAUACAGAGCUAGGACUAUUUGGGUUAGCGUGCCUGAUAAAAAUUGGCAUUGCAGAAGCAAAAUGCUAUCUGAUCUGUAUGAGCUGUCAGAUUUUACUGUCAGUUUUCUUGCUAUCGUGGAUGUAAUAGUGCUUUUAGGUACACUACUGGCCAAAAGAAUUCAAAUAAAGGUUAUUGUAUAGAGGGUUUCACGUGAAACUCAUUGCCACCCAGGGUUUACAUUGCAGAGACAAUGAAUCAUAAUCAUCAUCUUAACAUUGAAAUUAUUACAGGAAUCUUGCAGGCCUUAGCUGCACAAAACUGGAAGACAUGUACUCUACUUGAUUUGAUGGUACUUGGCAUUUUCUCCCUUGUGCCUGAAUUAUUUUGCAAAUCAAGUACUAUAUUCUGUAUUCAACAAGGCAUGACUGUUCAUUCAAUCUGAUUUGUAGGUAUACUUUAA